UCUAAACAAGUAUAUAUGUUGGGCAACGGGCAUGUCAAAUUAUUACAGCACGGGUUGCAGAGCCAGACACAUCUCAUCAUGAUCAAAACAGCUGUUUGCGUUUUGUUCGCGGUGGCAGCGGGGGUUCAGGUGGAUUACGCACCGGCGGCUACCAGCUACAUCUACCGCAGCGACAACGCCGGCCCGGCGAGUCUAAUCCACGUCGGAGCUUACAAACCUUUACCGUACGCACCGCUGCCUUUAGCCGAGUAUGCUCCAGCGCCGCUGCCCUAUGUUGCAGCCAAGCCCAUCGCUAUUGAAGACGCUGAGCAUGAUGAUGAGGACGAACACUCUGAAGAAUACAUCGAUGGAGGUGAUCUAGACGGCCACGGAUUUGCUAAAGGCGGCGGUAACGAUUUCGGUGCAAAACAUCACUCCGAGCACGGUGAAAAGGGCAGCAAGGGCUAUCAUUCCAAGGAUCACGUUGCGAAGGGUGAAUCUGGACACUACGGCAAUGAACAUAAAGAGGGUUUCUACCAUGAAGGUGAAGGAGGAAAGAAGGGACAUCACGAUGAGGUCGACGCUCACGGUAAACACAGUGCAUCCGGCGAGAGCUACAAAGGCGGAGACCAUGGGUAUAAGCAGCACCACAGCAAGGGCGAAGACAUCACCGGCUACCACAAGGUCUUCCACAAGGACGAGUUCAAGAAGGACCACGAUUUCUACGACGUUGCCGACAACAGCGGUCACUUCAAGAAGCAUGGCUUUGAGAACGAGCACCACGGAUCCGAGAAGGGAGCUCAUGAGAAAGGCGGACACCACGAUUCAGCUGCCGAUAAGGGUGAAUUUGGUAAAGCGGGCUCCUAUGCUAAAGGCCAUAUUGAUGAUCUCCAUAAGGGCCAUUCUGCCGAGGAGGGUGCAGAUAGCCAUUACAACCAUCACGACGACUUCGGCAAGAAGGGUGCCAGUAGCCAUGAAAAGGACUACGCUUACGGCGAUGAUGACGAUUACGAUGAUGAUGAUGACGAAGAUGAUCAUCACAAAGCAUAGAAUAGGCUCGAGUCAUUGUAAAUAUGUGUUAUAAUGUUAACAGUUCGUGAUAUUUUGUUAUGUUUGAUAUGCGAUGAUGCUUUACAUAUUUUUUAUAGCAUUGAAUAAAUAUUUGGAGUAUAAA